AUGGAAUUGUUAGACCAAGUUGAAGAAAAUAGUCAAAACUUCAAAAAUAUAAAAGUUGAAACUAAAUCUCCAUCUUCUAUUAUAUUGACAUGGGUAUACGAGAAAUCAGCAUCCAACGGGACAGAAGAAGAAAUUGUUUUUAAGUUACUGAAACUUGAAACAUAUCACGUAUGGAAAUCUCUGUUAUGGACACGCAAAAAUUUUGUGAUCGUGGAGAAUCUUGAGCAAAAUUUUUGUUAUACUUUUCGCAUACACGUUAUGUGUCAACGAGAUUCUCAGUAUGAAAUUUUGGAUGAAUCAAAUGUAUUUAAAUAUUCUAUUUUAUUAGUGCCAUCACAUACGUCAUUUAUUAGAGCAAUUCAAAAAUCCCAUCUUGAGUUAAUUAAACACUAUAUUGAACUUAUGCCAGAUUUUAUCGAAUUGACAUUUAAAUCCUAUUCUGCUUUGAGCAUCGCCGUUUCUAACAAUGACAUAGCCGUUGUAAGACUUCUGCUUGAGCAAGGAGCUGAUGUUAAUUUUGGAAUUCCUGAAAUGUCACGCACGCCUUUGCAUAUUGCUAUUUUUAAUGGAUUUUUAAAUGUGGCUGAUUUGCUAAUAAAAUGGAAAGCAAAUAUUAGAUCUAAAGACAUUCUCGGACUUAAUGUGGCCCAUCACGCUAUUGAUUCUAAUGAUCUUGAUUCAGUGAUUUACUGUAUAGACUGCCUUGGAAUUCAUACUGAGACAAGAGAUGAUAGAGGUUUAUCUCUCUUAUUACGAGCGAUCGUUAGCAAAGCAUCACUCGAUAUUAUCAGAUACCUUUUAGACAAAAAAGCUUCGCAAUCUGUACGUGACAUUAAUAAUAUGUCUAUUUUACAACACGUUAGGAUGCCAAAUGAUCAUCAAUUGGUCGAGAUGUUGUUGAACUAUAAGCCUAAAUCGCAAACAGAUGCUAAAUUGAAGCUUAAACAUAAUGUACAAAAGCUUAUUCUCUCCCGAAAAAUGAAAAAAGAAGAAGGAGAAGAUGAAGCGGCUGAAGAAAGCGUGUCAGCUUUUGAACAAUGCGAUUUAUUUAAAUAA